GUCAAGGCCCGACAUGGUCGCUUGUGUUGAGCUAUGAGCAAGAGCUUCGCAAAGCCGCGUACCGCUACAUUCGUGAUGGCCAGUGCCAAGACUUGCGUGCUGCUCUUGAAAAAGCAUGUGAUGCCCCGGAGGUUUUGACCACACACUUUGUCGUCCCGUUCACCUUGGGUAAGGUCGAGGAUCCUGUGGACAUGCCCGAUCUUGCAAAGGUGCCUUGGCUGCGUCAUGGAAAGGGUGGCAAAGGCGGCAAGGGCGGCGGCAAAGCUGCUCCAGAUUGGGGGCGGCAGUGGGGGAAGUCUAACAAGACUCCCGAUGGCAGAGCUCUGUGCUUCAAGUUCAACAAAGAAGUUGGUUGUUCCGAUCCUUCCUGCCGUUUUGCGCAUGUGUGCUGGCGCUGCUUCGGGAAGCAUUCUUUCCAGAAGUGCAAGUUCCGUAAAGCUCCUCCUGAGGUGGGGGGGUGUGUUGCGCAGCGUGCAGUUGCUGCUCCUGGCAAGCGCAAGCCGGUGGCCACGGCAGACGAGGCCGCGUCUGGUGAUGAGGACGAACUCUGGAACACUAUCUUUCCCAGCCGUGCCUGCUCGGGUCUAGAGUUUGAAGAAGGAGGCGACGGUCUACGCUUCGCUGGUUUGCGCGGGACAGGGCCACCGCUUUACUGUACAUCGGGCGGUGCGCGGAAGCCAUUCACCGACGGUUGCGGUCUGUGCUCACCUGGACGAUGGCCUCCCUCUGCGCGACAGGAUGCUUGCGAGAAUUCGAAAUUGUCCUUUCAUCAGCGCCUUGCGACAAAGCUGCAUCACUUCGUGGGGACAAAGCUCAAUGUGCGUGACCUGGCUUUCAAACUAGCUGCAGGUGCCGUCAGACAGUCUCCCUUCAGUGACGAAAUGCUGGAGGAAGGCAGAGGCAUCAUUUGGCAAGAGCUACGUGCAGCAGGAUGCCAGCUACCUGUAGAAGAGAGAGCGCCUGGUCAGCCCUUUUUCCUCGCUGCCAUCGAGGAACUGCUGCGACUUGCUGGUGACCCUGACUCGGCAGCCUUCUACACGGGCCAAGACUCUUUUGCUAAAGGGGUGCGCCUGGGUGUGGGGGUGGAACUUCCUCGAGUGCCUGCUGUUUUCACUGCCAAGGACCGUUGGAGAUCCUACCCAGAGGGUCCUGACGGGAUGGUGCUUCGUGACAACUACGUAUCCGCUAAGGAGCACGCCGCAGAAGUGCAAAAGCAGUUUGAGAUCGAGGCGGAGCUCGGCGCCAUGUACGAGAUGGAUUUGGAUGCUGCGUGCAGGGAGCUCGGCGAAGUGUCAGUCGCUUCGCUCGGGGCCAUUGAAAAGAAAGAUGGAUCCUACAGGGUGAUACAUGACGGGACGCAUGGCUUGUCUGUUAACAGUGCGAUAAAGGUACGGGAUCAAAUUCGCCACCCUGGAGCAGGAGACCUGAGACGUGCAAUGCAGACUCUGCCUACAGCAUUCUUCUCCCUCUCGGGGGACGUGGCGCGUGCCCAUCGACUCGUGAAGAUUGCGAAGCGUGACUGGAAGCAUCUUUGCUGUCGCACUGGCACUAAAGGUGAUGGCGUCAUCUGGGUGAACUGCGUCGGUACGUUUGGUGUUUCUUCAGCUGCGUACCACUGGUGUCGUCUCAUGUCAGGACUUGGGCGCUCGGCAUUCUUCUUGUUUGGAAAAUUGGGCUGGAUGCAACUUAUCUACGUCGACGAUGUUCUCUGGCUCGUCGGCGACAAAGGCGGCAUUGAGAAGCUGAUCACCGUGAUCUUCUACUACUCUGCGCUGGGGUUGCCAUUUGCCUGGAAGAAGUUUACGGGCGGCCUCGUUUGUAAGUGGGUCGGUUUCGAGUUGACGCUGGCCGAGAGAGCCUUAGGGCUUACGGAAGGAAGGGCAAAGUGGAUAGUCUCCUGGGUGUCGCACACUGUUGCAGCUGGCGAUGUUAGGAUGGCAGACCUACGGGCAGUGCUUGGCAGGCUUUCUUUCGCGUUCACUGUGCUUCCAAACUUCCGCCCACUUUUGGGCCCGCUUUAUGCCUGGAGUGCGGCGAUGGGGUCCUACCACAGUCGCCCGUUGCCAAAGCUGGUGGUCUUGCUCCUGAAUUUCUUGAAAGCUUCGCUGGAAAAGACAGGCAAAUGGCUAUUUCUGGCCGGAGAGUCUUAUCGUGCCAUUGCGUCUUUGGAGCUUCUCGCGACCUUGGCUGCCGUAGUACUCUUUGAUGUCCCGAGUGGUCAACACCUUGGCGGCGCGUGCUCUGCUAGCACCGACAAUCGCGGCAAUACUUUUGCCGUAUCAAAGUUGAUGACGACGAAAUUUCCUCUCUGUGCCUUUCUGUUGGAACUCGCCUUGCAGCUUCAGAUGAAAUCGUCAGAGCUGCAGUUGAGAUGGCUUCCCAGGCUCCAGAAUGUCGAGGCGGACCAGCUCACUAAUGGUGACUUCACCGGCUUCAGCGACAGCAAGCGGUUGCGGUUUUCGGUGAAUGAGUUUAGUGGCGUGUUGCUUUCGGACAUGCUUGAAUUGGGGUCCGAUCUCUACGGCUCGAUCAGGGAGGCCAAGGCGAAGGGCAAACUGCGUAUUCCUAAGGCGCGCAGAGAAGAAACGCUCAAGUGCAGAGAUCCUUGGAUGUAG